AUGAAAAAAGGAUGGAUCUGUUAAUAAGCAAUAACAGAUCACCAGCAUUAAGUUUAUGAAUUAAGCUUAAAUGAAAUAAAGUUAUUUCAUGUGGAUAAGAUCAAUUAAUCUUAGUAAUUGACUACUCAAAAUAGAAUAAACAAUGGAUUGUAGUAUAAACAAUUUAUGGUGAUUGUCUUGUUAUGAGAUAAUGUUUUAUGAACGAUAAUUUUUUCACAUUUCAACCAAAAAAAGGCAAUUUGAUCUAUAACUAAAUAUUUAAGAGAUGAGCAAUCUCAGUUAAUAGUUCAUUCAAGCUUCUGUAAAGGUGAUGAUGGGAAUUUAUUCUUCCCUUAAUAAUAUAUUAAAUCAAAAUAGUUGUUGGUGAGCAAGAAAGAUAAUUAUAUCAAUUUGAUAAGCAAGAUAGAUAAUUAUCAAUUUAAAGUGGAGUAAUCUAUUCAAUUUGGUAUAUGUUAUUUGUGUUCCUCAGUCAUGUGGACAGCAUUUGACUACUUGGGAUGA